ACACGUCGCCAGGGUGAUCUAACAGAGGACGGUACCGAAUCCUUUUGACUUCUCUUAACCUCUCGCUAUUUAUACAAGUACAGUUCCCAUAUGGACCUUCAUCUCUUGGCUGCAUCAUUUUUCUCUUUUCUCAUCAGUUCUCUGACUCAGCCCAUAUCUCUCAAGGAGAUUCUAACCAAAACCAAGAAGCUAACAUGGGAAGAACACCUUGCUGUGAUAAAAAUGGGCUCAAAAAAGGGCCAUGGACGCCGGAAGAGGAUCAGAGGUUGAUUGAUUAUAUUAAAAAACAUGGUAAUGGAAAUUGGAGGACACUGCCAAAGCAUGCUGGGCUGCAAAGGUGUGGAAAGAGUUGCCGUCUUCGAUGGACCAAUUAUUUGAGGCCUGAUAUCAAAAGGGGUAGAUUUUCUUUUGAAGAGGAAGAGAUAAUAAUUCAGCUACACAGUAUAGUGGGCAACAAGUGGUCUGCCAUUGCUUCUCGGUUGCCCGGAAGAACAGACAACGAAAUAAAAAACUAUUGGAACACUCACAUUAGAAAGAGGCUUCUUCGAAUGGGAAUUGAUCCAGUGACUCAUAGUCCUCGACUGGAUCUUCUCGACCUUUCCUCAAUCCUACGUUCAUCUCUUUGCAACCAAUCUCAAAUGAACAUGUCAAGGUUACUCGGAGUCCAAUCCUUGGUUAACCCUGAGCUACUAAGGCUAGCCACAUCCCUCAUGUCAUCUCAACGUCAAAACCAAAACCAGAAUUUCCUUCUUCAAAAUGUUCAAGAAAACCAACUUUGCAGUUCCCAAGUCCAAAACCAAUAUCAACCAGUAAUGCAAUCUAAUCAUCUCCCAACGCAACUCCAAGAAAUCCCAUCUUGUACUUCGUUGAAUCUUCCUUGUAGUAUUCAAUUUUCUAACGAAGCACAACACAUGAACCCCAAUGUGGGCCAAUUUCCAUCAAAUAUCACCGACACAAAUGACUGGCAAGGCAAUGCGAUGACUUCAAAUUUGACUGAAGAUUACGUGCCGAUACCGCCAAACUAUAACUAUUACGGCUCUGAUGAAACCGUCAUGGACCCUUCAUCCGAAACCUCAAAUUUCCAGUCCAACAACAGCAAUCAGAGCUUCAGCUUCACGUCAGUUUUAUCGACGCCUUCAUCAAGUCCAACUCCAUUGAAUUCAAACUCAACAUACAUCAACAGCAGCUGCACUGAAGACGAAAGAGAAAGCUAUUGCAGCAACAUUUUGAAGUUUGAAAUCGCAGAUAUUUGGGAUGUUAAUGAAUUCAUGUAAUUGCAAAGUCAAACUCAACAAAAAAAAUCCAUUUUUGUGGGUUUUUGAAUUCAGUGGGGGAUGUUGAUAGGUGUAAAAUUUUCUACUACUACUACUAAUUAAUUUGUUGCAUUAAUUUUCUCAAGCUUACUCUUUCAGGAACCAAGAUCCUACCUUCUUCACCUUCUUUUUUAAAUAUUUUUUAUAUAAUUGGGAAGUUUCCAUUAUUGAUAUGUCACAAUAUUAUU